UUCAAAAAUAUAAAGAAACGUUAAAACCAAAAUUAAAAAUUCCAAAAAAUGACACAGAUAUAAAUAAAGAAAGAGGCAACAGGAAGGAAUAUUUUAAGGAUUAUUACAGGAAAAAUAAAAAAAGGUUGAAUGAAAAUGUGAAAAAUUACCAAAAACAAAAUAAGGAAAAGAUAAAUGAAUAUCAGCGAAAUUACUAUAAAAUGAAUAAAAAUAAGAGAAAAGUUAAUAUGAAAAAUUAUUACCAAAAAAAUAAGGAAAGGAUAAUGAAAAACGUGAAAAUAUAUAGACAAAAUAAUAGAGAAAUUGUGAAUCAAAACCAGCGAAAAUACCGACAAAAUAAGAAAAACGAUCAAUCUGAUAAUAAUGAAGGAACCUCAUUUGUUAGCCCACAGACUGGUGAUUUUUCUAAUUUAGUUAAGUUAUCAAUUGUUUGCGAGGAGGAAGGAAAUACUCUUUUUAAUCAAAUGGAGGAAGAAAGCAAUAAUGGCGAGGAUGAGCAAAAUCAAAUCGAGGUAGAAGAGACAAAUAAAGAUGACAUAAUAAAUCAAAAAUAA